AUGGACUAUGUGUCGCUCAUCGCCUUCAAUGUACUGCCAAUCAUUUCAAUACUGGUAAUGAACUGCCUAAUCAUAUCUACACUGCGACGGGUGGUAGCGGAAGAUGCCCGAAAAGAAGAGGAAUGCGCACGACUUGCCGACGGAGCAUUGAUGAUUCAAGCACCAGCUCGAUUGCUAUUUGAUAUAUACGGACAAUACCACGCUACAGCAAUGCGUCUAUGCCUCCUCACACAACAGUUGGUUUUCUUGAAUGCAUCGCUGAAUUUCGCCCUGUACUGUGUGGUGUCGAAACGAUACCGUAUCCUGAUGCGACAAACAAUCAAACGUCUUCUGCGAACAUUUGAAGCCGUCGAUUUCCCGUUGAAGAUGAGUGGUGUACGGCAUCAAAGCAAAAGUUCAACAGCACCGGCCACAUCGAUGGAUGAUCAGCAUAGUCGAAAUCUGGUGCUGAUUCAGGCUGUCUAA